AUGGAGAAUCAGACUGCGAUGGUGUCGGAGUUUAUUUUGCUGGGAUUUCCUCUCAGCAGGCAGGUGGAGCUGCUGUUCCUGGUGCUGCUGCUCCCCACGUUCCUGCUGACGCUCCUGGGGAACCUGCUCAUCAUCUCCAUCGUGUUGUCCUACUCCUGCGUCCACAUCCCCAUGUACUUCUUCCUGUGCAACCUCUCUGUCCUGGACAUCCUCUUCACGGCAGUCAUUUCUCCACAAGUGUUGGCCAACUUAAUAUCUGGUGAUAAAACCAUCUUUGCUGGGUGUAUCACCCAGUGCUAUUUCUAUUUCUUUCUGGGCACAGUAGAGUUUCUUCUGCUGACAGUCAUGUCAUAUGACCGCUAUGCCGCCAUCUGCUACCCCCUGCAGUGCGGCACCAUCAUGAGACCUCCUGUCUGCAUUGGGACUGUCGUGUUCUCUUGGGUGGGAGGCUUCCUAUCUGUGCUCUUUCCAACCAUCCUCAUCUCCCAACUGCCCUUCUGUGACUCCAACAUCAUUAACCACUUCUUCUGUGACAGUGGCCCCUUGCUGGCCCUGGCCUGUGCAGACACCACAGCCAUUGAGCUGAUGGAUUUUAUGCUUUCAUCCACGGUCAUCCCCUGCUGCAUAGUUCUUGUGGCCUAUUCCUACACGUACAUCAUUUUGACUAUAGUGCGCAUCCCUUCUGCAAGUGGAAGGAAGAAGGCCUUUAACACUUGUACUUCUCACCUGACUACUGUCGUGAUUUCUGGUGGCAUCACAGUGUUUAUCUAUAUGACUCCCUCCCGGAAAGAAAAUCUGGACAUCAACAAGGUCCCUUCAGUACUGAGCAGUGUUGUGGCUCCAUUCCUCAACCUCUUUAUAUAUACUCUGAAGAAUGACACAGUGUUGGGGGUCCUCAGGGAUGCGUGGGUCAGGGUUCAAGCAGUUUUAGAAAAGAGGAUGAGGACAAUGCUGAGAAGCAGAUUGUCCUCUAACAAAGACCGCUAA